GUGUGGAACGACACGGUUGCGAACCUCAGCCUCCUGGCUCUGGGCACAAGCGCCCCAGAGAUCAUGUUGUCUGUCAUUGAGAUCGUGGGCAACGACUUCAAGGCCGGCGAAUUGGGGCCGGGAACCAUCGUAGGCUCAGCUGCCUUCAACUUGCUCUUCAUCUCCGCCAUCUGUAUCUACUCCAUCCCAGACGGAGAGAUCAGGCGAAUCGCCAGUGUCAAGGUGUUCGGUGUGACGGCCUUCACCUGCAUCGGCGCCUACGUGUGGAUGGCCAUCGUGCUGCUGGUGUGGACCAGGGAGGUGGUCACCAUCGAAGAGGCUGUCCUCACCUUCCUCUUCUUCCCCCUCCUCAUAAUCAUCGCAUACCUCGCCGACAAGGACUUCUGUCUGAAGAGAGGACGCAGAAAGAGGCAGCAGCAAGAUUUUGUGGGCAUCCCCAUGAGUACAGACGGUAAAGCCGAGAAUGGAAGGACAGGUGAGGAGAAGGCCGAUGAGAUUGACGCUUCCUACACACCACACGACAAGAAGAGGCUGGCAGAGAUGGCCAGGCUGGCCAAGGAACUAGGAAGAGAGGAAGGCCUUCCCCCCGAGGAAGCAGUGAGAAUCUUGAGCAGGCACAUGUCAGAGGAGACGCCACACGGAAAGGGCUGGUACAGAAUCAACGCCAUCAGGAACCUGACUGGUGGAAGAAAGCUGCUGCCCGUCGUCAAUUCUGCCUUCAUGGACGUGUACCAGCGAGUUCAAAUCCCGGAGGAAGAGCGGCCCAAGGAAGACCCUCUGAGCACCAACGUGGACCACAGCGAGGGCGGGAAACAUGCCGUUGUCCAGUUCACCGCGGCCGCCGUGGCUGUCAUGGAGAACGAGGGCAAGGUCCGACUGGGCAUCAAGAGGACAGGCCAUCUGGGGAAGCCCGUCUCUGUCAGAGUUGAGACCAUCAACGGCACGGCUAUAUCUGGAGAGGACUACAAACCCUUCAACAAAAUCGUCAACUUCAAGAAGAACGAAGCCCUGCAGGAGGUGUACAUUGAGAUCGUCGAUGACUUCGAGUGGGAGCCCGAUGAGUUUUUCUUCGUCAAACUGAAGGUCGAGCCCGAGGACAACUGUGUGUUGGGAAACAUCAGCAUCUGUGAGGUCACCAUCAUCAACGACGACGAGCCUGGUAUCUUGGCCUUUGCUAAGCCAAGUUUUGUGAUCAAGGAGACAGGUCUGAAGGCUUUGCUUCCCGUUGUGCGGUUGAACGGCGCGGACGGUCACGUGUCUGUGAAGUGGAAGACAAAGGACAUGACUGCUCUGGAAGGAAAGGAUUACUCUGGCAAAGAAGGAGAACUCAAGUUCGACAAUCAAGAGACCACCAAGAAUAUCAUAAUCCCUUUGUUUGAAAGUAAUAAAACUGAGAGGGACGAGAGUUUCCAGAUUGAGCUGACUGAGACAGACGGGGGCGCCACCCUGGGAAAGAUCAGCAAGACCAUCGUCACCAUCGUCAAUGAUGAAGAGUUCAACGGCCUUGUCAGCCGCAUCUUGAACAUGACGAAGGCAAACCUGGACGCUCUGGAGCUCCACAAGACAACGUACAUCCAACAGUUUAUCGAAGCCAUGAAUGUCAACGGAGGAGACCUUGAGACCGCAUCAUUCAUAGAUUACAUCCUGCAUUUCUGUACUUUCUUUUGGAAGGUAUUGUUUGCCUUCAUCCCGCCUGCUCAGUAUGUCGGGGGAUGGCCCGCCUUUUUAGUCUCCCUCGGUGUCAUCGGUUUCCUGACUGCCAUCAUUGGUGAUCUUGCCAGUAUAUUUGGAUGCCUGAUCGGCUUAGAGGACAGCAUCACGGCCAUCACCCUCGUGGCCUUGGGGACCAGUAUGCCGGACACGUUUGCCAGUAAGACUGCGGCGGUGAUGGAGAAGACGGCAGACAGCUCGGUCGGGAACGUCAACGGCAGUAACUCUGUCAACGUGUUCCUGGGCCUGGGUCUGCCUUGGCUGAUCGCCUCCAUAUACUGGGGGGUUCAGUAGAAUUCUGGGAAGAAAGCGUUGCAGCAUCCUUUACAAUUCCCACCACCACCACCCCCACUCCCGUAUGCUCUUACUAUACUGUAAUAACUAAAGAGCAGUCCAAAAAGUCUCGGUACUUAGUAUACAUAAUGGGGAAAAUCACAAGAAAAUAACUUGAGUUUGUUUUAUCAAGAUAAGAGAAAGGAGCCUGAGAACAGGAUUUACAGUGUACUGGUACUGGAGUUAAGAGCAAUUUCUAAAUCUUAUUUAUUCUCCCUUGUGUCCUAGUUCCUUUUACCAUACAGAUCCACACUUUAUAGAGCUGCCUAUGUAUCCAAAAGUGAGCACUCAAGUCUGAAUGUUAAGUGCCCACUUGCAUUUAUAGUAUGGCUCUACAAUUGUUCUCCUGAGCUGGAUGGGCAGAGAUGAAAGCAGAACAACUUUUGCAAAUUUCAGUGUUUUAGAGAGGACCCAGACUCUAUAGUUUGUAACUGUAUACUAUGUUCUUAACUCCCACCAAUAGAACAAUAGAAUUUAAAUGGAAUCAACUCUGGUGUUUCAGAAAAAUCAAACCAAAUAACAAUCUCUGCCAAUUUAAUUUUUUCACUUUGCCAGGUUUUUGCCAUUUUGUACAACACAUGUACCAUCUCGUUCACUGUCAGCAUGUAAAUUUGAAGAAACGUUUGUUCUUUUCUUUCAUCAACAUGAUUACAUGCCCCCUGCUGUUUCAACAUUCUUAUUUCUCUUCCUUUGACUUCUAGAAGAGGGAAAGCUUGCUUCUCCUUUGCACACAAGCAAAUUUUUCCUCAAAGUUUUCAGUAUAACUAACUUGCCUUUAACGCCAGUCGUGCUGAACCUAUUUGUAUAAAAUCAAGACCAAUCUAAGAAGAAAUGAAAGUUCCGAGCAGCAAUGAAUAUAGAUACCGUUUGAUCACAGAUAUCUAAGACUGGCUAGGGUUUGUUAGAUUUUUGUUCCAACUGCAAACUGCCGAGCUGAACCAACUGAACUCGUACUCUGUCUACAAAGUGAUUUCCUAAAACAAAGUGUCUUUUCUUUCUUGCACGUGUGAGGGAAAAAUGUUGUGUGAUUUUAGGGCAUCAUUACUCUCGGAGCUGUUUGUGAACUUGUGAGUUGUGUUCUUUUUUUUUCCAUUUGUGCAUCGUGUUAAAAAGAAAGUUUCUCACCUUCGCUGUCAGUGUGAAGCAAAAAAGGAAAAAUUAUUAUUGAAUGGUUGUUCAUUUUCUUCACCUUUUCAUUAAAGAUUUAUUAACUCGCAUCUUGUGAGACUGAUAGUGUCAGUAGUAUGAGUACGGCAUAUUUAUCUGCCUUAAACCGAUGACCCUUGAAUGAUUGAGGAACUCAGUACACGUGUUUAAGGGUUGAGGAAUUCGUUCAGGAUGCGUGAUGUGGAGUGCGUAUUCUUUACGUUUUGAUCUCUAUAAUAAACUAUAUAAAAAGAUAUCAAUGUUCAGACUCUGUGUCUCCAAGGCAGAGUCUAUCCCACUCGCAGUCUUUUUUAAAGACUUGAAAGACGUGUUGUUAUGUGGUUGUUCAAAUGCCAGUUUGUAGUCUUUGACAAAUUCUAAAAAAUAGUCACAGCAGACAUCCCGAGCAGUUUUUUUUCUUUUGUUUUUUUUUGGGGGGGGUUUGUUUGUUUUUUGUGGAGAACUUGGUUUUGAUGCUAUAUUUCAUCUCUUGUCUGUAUUUCAGUUGAAAUGCGUAACUUAAUGCUCAUUAGUGUAACAUACACUAUCAGUAAAUUCCCAUCCCUUAUCCAUUCAACAAGGGGAACUAAAUAUAUAAGGACUGUUGUCCUUUGGUUGGUUACUUCUGUUUUCAGAAAGUUUCCCCUACUUUCAUCCAGUUUCAGACUAAAUGUGACUUUGUGUAUGUGUCUAGUUCUUCUUUACGUUUACGUACGUCUUUGGGGCUCAUUUUUUGCUAGCCAAUUUUGCCAAUUCUUUUGGGUAAGCACUGGAAGCAUUGUAUGUAACAACUGUUACGCAGCAAAUUUAGCUCUGCUAUUUUCCAGUUUUAAUUGUCUUGUACAGCUCAUAGUCUCAUUACGCCAUUGACAUAUCAGGCUUAGUUGUUUGUGCAGCAUGUCCCCAUGGCGACUGUUUGUUUGAAGAGUUAUGGGCCUUACUGUCUUCUACUGUCUAUCUAUCUAUCUGCGCAACUUUUCCAUACCAGCAUGCAUAUUGUGAUACCAAAUGCUCUUCUGUAUAGCAAAAUUAUUCUUUGAUCUAUGUCCUUGACAUAUUUUUCCAUUUGAAUUAUAUAUUCUGUUUUCUCUGACCAUUUUAUGCUUUUGCAUCCUGUGUCCUCUUUAUAUUUGAAAAAGCCUGCAACUCCUUUUUAUUGUUAUUCCUUUGCUUGUUGAUUUAUUGUGUACAAUUAUUGUCAUGGGUACAUGGGAUAUACAUUUUCACGCCUUCUUGUUUUAUUUAUUUAUACCAUACGUGUAUGUUUGAAUCGGGCCUAUCAUUACUGUACAGAAUAUACUUUCAUUCUAACUAGUUUGACUCAGAGAACAUUUAAGUCCGAUGCCCAUUUCAGAUACUGGUAAAGAGUUUUUCCUCCCUCCUAGCCUUAGCCUUGAAGAUUAGAGACAAUUUAAAAGUGACGAUGUUUGGUAUGAGGUUUUCUAAUUUGAUUUUAAAAAUAUCAAAGAAUUUUAAGGAUGUAGAAUUUGAAUUGUCAAAGUUUUUGGAAUUCUUCAGUUCUUGAAAUGUUAUUGAUUCUGUUUAUUGAGUGUUAAUUGACUUGAGAAAGAUACAACAGUGAGCUAUGUGAUCAUUGGAGUCUUCCUGAGUUGAGAGAAUGGGGGAGGAUGCAUUCAGAAGUACACUUGAACGACGUCUUUAAUGUCAUGAAUCCAACAUGCGCGUCCUUUCUAUCUAAAAGAGAGAAAAUUAGAACCGGUGCAACAGUAGAACGUUUCAUUUUUAACAUAAUGUUAACACGUAUUAUUCAGUGGUCUGCCUACUCUUAUAUCGAUUAAACAACAGCCUUAUGUCUUAUAUACGCAGUUUUCAUAGUCAAAGGAUCUAGCUAAUAAUAAAAGUAAUUGUUCUUCAAGAUGAUUAUCGAUUUGAUCAGUGCCACUGCUUUGCUUUGUUAGGGAAAAGCAUCGAGAGUUUCGGGAAAUGGAUGGAAACUGUGUAGCAUACUCGGACUUUCACCUGAAUUAUGAUCGAAGGCCUUUCAUCUAAACGUUAAAUCCAUGACAUAAUUCAAUAACUUUCUGGCCAGUAAGACUAUUCUGUUUUCAUGACGUUUCUCACUGACAGGGCUACGAGCUUAUAUCCCAGUUCGAGUAAGACAGAGGCUCACCAUUUGGGAUGCCGCUUUUAUUUUUAAAGCUCAAUGGUGUGUGCUCAGGAUUAUAACAAAGCUGUUUCAUUUUGCAAACAGAUGAGUUUUAAAAUGUUGACCAAAAUAAAAAGGGAAGGAUUUCUCUUAUAGUUCCCUCUGUGAAGUACUGGUGAUUCAGCACAUUUAAACUGGCCUUGGAUUAAUUAAUACAAAUUACAAGAUGUUCUUUCAUACAUUUUUUUUCUUCUAAUUUGGGCUCAUUUAUUUGAAUUCAGUUGUUGGUGUAUAUUUUUUUUUAAACCCUUUUUAUCAAGUAAAUAAUUCUUUUGCUCUCAAAGCAUGGGCAUUUAUAAUAUUGCUGGUUUUGCUACUAUACUUUUUUACUGCAAGCAUAGCACACAUAUUUAUGUCUGUUCAUGCCUCAACUAAUUUUUGCAAAGGGAGUUUUUUAUAACUUGAAUUAACAUUUUAGAUGUAUAUGUACAUUAAUUAAUUCUGUAUAUCUAUACAUUUAAUAUAUUUUGUCUGUAAUCAAUAAAUAACAUCUUUCACAAUCCA